GAUGUGGAGGCGGUCAAACCCGUAAUUGAGGAUCCCGAAUUUGGAGGAGCAUCAGUGACCAUUCCACAUAAGCUUAGCAUUAUGUCUUAUAUUGAUGAACUUUCAGAACACGCAAAGACAAUUGGUGCCGUUAACACGAUCAUAGCAAAAGAUAGAGAUGGCAGUAAAAGACUUUUUGGUGAUAAUACGGAUUGGCUAGGCAUCUUUCAUUCUGUCAAACCGUUAAUCGAAAUUGAUUCUAAUACAUCUGCCUUGAUUAUUGGAGCCGGCGGUACUUCCAGAGCCGCAUUGUACGCUGUUAAUAAACUUGGUGUUAAUCAUAUCUAUCUGUACAAUCGUACACCCGAGAAGGUGGAUGCUUUAAUCGAAAAUUUUCCGUCGUAUGGAAUUCACCCCGUGAAAUCAUUAUCACAGCAGUUGCCGAUGACACCUCAAAUUAUUAUCUCUACAAUACCUGCGACGGCUAAUCUGGAAAUAUCGGACGAGUUGCUUAAAUCGGAUAAAGGAGUUUGCGUUGAGAUGCCGUAUAGGCCCAGAGAAACCAAAUUAACAAAAAAAUGUAAAGAAAGGGGAUGGUACGUGGUUGAAGGGAUCCAA